AUGCCAAAAGGUGCUUUUACCUUCAUUCGUCUUUUAGUGCUCUUACUCGGUUUCUCCACUAUGUGUCUGGGGGUCUUGUGCAUUUCAACGAGUUCCUCUACCUGCAGAUGUGGAAAUAAUGAGCUGGUGUUUUAUUGCCUGUUGGCUUUGGGUUUUUUUCUCCUUGUGGCUGGCAUUUUCUGGAGCACUUUCCACGAAGUCUUGAAAUACAGGGGCCUCAGCAGCAUCUUCAUAGUAAAUCCCAGCCUUAGAGAGCUACGUGUCAGCACCAUAGACAGGCCUGACUUCUAUCCACCCUCCUAUGAAUACAGCACAGAUCCUGAAAAACAGAUGAGCCCAUUGCCAGUUGCCUCUGCACUAAAACAGCGAGAAGUUUUCAGUAUCCCUCCACCUCUGUAUAGUGAAAGCAGUGAGGAGUUCAUCAGUGAAACCAAUGAGCAGGAACAGCCACCAUCAUAUGAAUUGCUUGUGCAGCAGCUACAGCAGCAGCAAACAGCUGACCAAAAGCAAAACCCUGAAGGGGAGUCAAAUAUCCAUCCACAAAAGAAAACAGUCCAACAGGAUGCAGACAGGCAGGGGACCUCAGAAAGAGCAACGCCUGUCAAAACACUUGAGAUAGGCAGUGGUCAAAGUCCUGCAGCUGUGAAGCAAAGAAAACUGGAAGAAGAAAUGUGUCAGUGA